AAGAAAAAUGAUGCUACAAGUUAAAAAAACCCAGCAGGCUGGAAAACCAAAUACAAAUUGCAUGCCUUAUAGCACUACAUUCCUUAAGGACUUCUGAAGAACUUGUAGGAGCAAGAGCCACUGAUCAGAUUCCUCCUCCUGCCCAAGACAAUGUAAGAAAACAAAAUUCCACAUGUGUUUUACAAAUUAUAUUUGAGUCCCAAGGGGGUGAGAAGCUGAAAUGCAGAAGCUAAGCUGAAAUGCAGAAAUCUCACUCUGUUUAUGUCUCGUACACAGAUGGAUUCAUACAGAACUUGGGCUCUUAAAAGCAGAGUUCUCCUGUCCCAUGAAAUUUUCACCUGAAAGUAAAGCCAUUGCUGCUGAAGUCUUUUUUCUUUUACUGCUUCCUAGUCACAUAAAGUACAACUGAGGUGACCAUAAAUGCUUUAGUGGACAGACUGUGUUCAGUGCAUUGAAGUGGUGCCCAGUAAUCUGGAUUGUGGGAUUUUAGCAAGCUGACAACAAUGGAACAGUCCAUCAGCAAUGGGACAUUCUCCUCAAAUGUCUCUCUGUUGGAGGUGGCAGGAAGAAAAGUUGAAAUUCAUACCAUUUUAGAAAUGAAAAGAUCUUUAGCCUCUAAAUUCCUUAGUUCAAGUUCUACACUUUUUUACCAACUAUGUAAUAGUUUGUAUGAAACAAACUUGAUUGUAUGAGUUGAUUGGCACAUCUACAAUGUACAGAAUAACCAGAAAGAGGUGACAGUGGCCAAGUAACAGCAUUAGGACAAAACACUCUGUUAUCUCUGCAACCACCUCCUAUCAGAUAGCAGAGACAGGGCUUAUUCAUGUCUUUAAGAAAGAGAUUAAUAUGCAGAACAAUCUCAAAAUCUUUCCAAAUGCCUAGGGGCUGACAUCUGCACAGUAUUCUCUAUUUUGGAGGCUUUCCAGCUGAAGUAAACACCUUAUCUAUUCAGGAGAAAGAGUGAGAUGCCUGCCCAGACAUCUGUCAUUGUACCCUCUUCACUUCCUCUUACCAAGUUUUCUGGAAUGAAGCAUUGGGAGCAUUGGGCAGCCAGACUAGUUGCUUUUACAGAAGACCAGACAGACUUCAUAUUCUUCUGUCAUCUUUCUGAAAAACAAAGUGCUGAAUGAAACAAGGACGAAUCCUUAUCCCUGGUAAGUGGCAAGAGGGAUAAUCUUCCAUGCUUAGGUGCCUGUUGUUUCCCUACUUCUGGGAGAAGUAACAUGCAGUGGGAACAGAUCUGCCUCAUGGUGGGAAGGUUACACUCCAUAAUGAGAAGGUUACACAGCUCCUCUCAUCACCCUGUCAUGGAAGUGUGAGGUCUGGCUGAUUACCUGUCAAAAACAGUCUCUUAAAUCACAUCUUGCCUGAACUAGAAGACUGGGCUACCACAAAGAAAUGUUUCCAUCACACAUAGCACACUGAACACUGCACCUAAUGUAAGUUUUUCUGGCCUGAACCCUUGCCUCAUUUCAUUAUGCUGUUUAGAAGCCUACAGCAACCAGAUAAACCACAUCUAAAGCUUGAAAAACUAGAGAGAGAACUCAUUAACUAAGCAGGGGGAAAGGGAGAACAUCUGUUUUUUCACAUUUGCCACAUUCCCAGCAGGAGGAAGGUUAAAACUAAGCAAAAUGAAAACAGCUGCAAGUUCCAUUUUAAUAGCACUAUCUAGGACAGUGACCUGUGAAGAGAAUGGAGUGAACACACAGAGUCUGGACACCCUGAACAGCACACAGAUUCACAGGCACACCAGCUGGCAGCUCUGCAGAGGCUUUACUUGCAGGCACAAGGUAAGGAGUGGCAGGACACUCAUUGAAAAAGCUGUGUCAAAGAUGGUUUAAACCUUGUUCAAGGACAGUCUUCAAAGUGUUUACCAGCUCACCAUAAAACUGCUAGAAGAAAUUAUAACGUCAGUCUUGUCCUUCAUUCUGAUCCUUGUUAGUAUAUCCCACAUGUUGUCACUCCUGCUUCUGAUACAGUGACUGCUACUGCAGCCUUCAGCUUCUACACUAUGUUCCCUCCUUCAAAAACAGACCAGCACAUGCUCCCGGAUAACUGUUGGUUCACCAUAACUGGUCUAUAUUGAAUUAAAUUACUUUGUAUCCUUAAAGUUCUUAAAUAUUUCCUGCCUUCUCACAGCUCAAAAGUUAGUUUCACUUAGCUUUAAAUUUAACAAAACCAUUUGCUCCGUGUUAUUCUCCUUAUGUCACAAACAGCUGUUUAAACCUGAUUAGAAGAAAUUUUCAUAUACAAAAUACAGAUUCUUCUUAGAAUGGCAUGACCUUUAAAAAGUAUUAGUGAAUCUUAUAUUAACAUACCACUUCCAGAAAUAAUGACUCUGAAGAUUGAAAAUUUAAGAGUUUUGGCAAGCACAAAUGGAGACUCUGGAUCAUGCCUUAAUUUAACAUUAAGAAAUAAAACUACUUUCUUUAAGAUAUUGAGAGACAUCCUAUGUGGCUUUUGAACACCAGGUAUUAAUGUGAACAUAAUGCAAAUCUCAGGAUGCAUCCCUUAUUUACCUGGAUGAUACAGAAGUACCUCUGCACUCAAUUUCAACCUUUUUUUCCGACUGGAAAGAUGUACAGCAGCUGCUGCUCAUUUAAUAAAAGUCCUGUCCUACAGAAGACUAUCAUACAGAUGCUUCAGACUUCCAGCUGACAGACCCUAAGGACACAGUAGCUGGAAGGCUUGGAUUGUUGUAACAGGAGACCAAGUAGCAGCCUGCCUCUUCCGCACAGAAAACAAGUGGGGCAUUCAGCGUGCAGAGGAGCACACCAGGUCCUCUGGAGAGGCUGCUGUGAAGCACAGGACAAGGAUUCUGCCUCAGAACAUCCCUGUGUACUUUAAUGCUUCAAGCUCCUGUGUAACUGGGCAGAAGGGUAGAAGACGCUGCUGCUCAAAAGCAUCUCAACUCAACAAAAAUGCACAUAAAGGUGCAAGUUUUAAAAUUGCUCCAGUGGAAAAAAGGAGACCUUGCAAGCCUUGUUCUCAGCCAGUCCCUCCGUUUUCUGGACCACUUCCACAGCUAAAAUAAGCAGACUGAGAGGAGGCUGAAAAACAUCUGCCUACAUGCACAACCAACAGUGCCUCACUAUCUUGAGGACCCUCCUUUCACAGAGAGGACAUGAGUGUACAUUGCUUUCUGUCUGGAGAAAGGCUUCAUUACUUUGUGUUAAUUCAUUAAUGUUUAUUCAUUCCUUCACUCAGGCACCUUUGAUAGUAUUAACUUGGCAGAAAGAGUCUGGCAAAGCUGUCUGGCUGUCACCAGACUUUGUGUUAGUGGAAUAUUCUUCUGUACCAAGCAGGGAUUUAGCUCCUCAAAGAGCUAAGAGAAUGAGGAAAGCUGGUUGAAGAGGUAGCUGUUUUGCAUUUCUAAAUGCCUUUUAGGCAUUCCAUUGCCUAAAAAGGUGGUGAAGGGUUGAUGCUUUUGUUUCUAGUUAUCAGUAUACAUGCAUAUUUAACCUUUUCUUGAAUCAUUUAUUUUAUAGUAACAAAGGUGUUUGUUUAUAUGUUUAUAUGAUCAUCAAGCAUUGAUGAUUUUUCCUGCAGCCCUCAUGCUCGAUGCUUGCAAUCCACUUGGAAGUAAAUUUCUGCAAAUGAUAAAAAUAUCAUCAUUUACAAAGGGCUGAGGAACUAGAUAAGCAGAUUAUUAAAAUAGUGGUGAUUGGCCAGAUUCAAGUAAGCUUUUCAAUAUGUCUUCCAAGGGGGCUAAAUCUGACUUUAAAAUCAAAGUGGCCUGGUUUUAACUGCCUUAAGAGUGUCAUCAGGUGGUUAUUGAAGAGCAUACUGAAAAGAUAUUAAACCUAAUCAGAUUUCAUCUGUUCCUCUGAAGCCAGAAGGCAGCUGUUCUUUCAAGACAGCAGAAUUGUGUGAUCACCUCAACAAACAAAGCUUACUGGAGCAUGAAAUAAAUGCUAAGAAUAAUACCAAAGGGCUGAAUAACAGAGAAACUGAAGCACCUGCUGAUACUUUAGCCAUGUAUCAUCUGUCCUUUCCUAACUGUCCUCUGUGUUGCCGCUAUUUCUCUGCCUGGGGGAGAGUCCUUAAAACUGAAUUACUUGCUUGUUCAUAAAUUCAGUUCUCCUUCUAGUGAAUAUGAGGAGGAGUAGAAACCUUUUCUGCUGCUGGGUAAAUUGUAGAUUGCAAAUAGUAAUUUUUCUGUCAGUCCUCAUAGUACUACUCUUUCUGUUAACAUAAUUGUCAGUAUGAUAGAAAUGGUUUCAGUGCCCUUCACAAUUUGGGGGGAGUUGAAUGGGAACAGUCAGAGGUCUGUUGUAAUUCACACAGGCAAAUGCAAUUCCAAAAGGUCAGGUUUAUGGGCACUUGCUCAGGGUCCUGCUCUUAUUGAGAAUGUUUCUAUUGUACUGAACAAUUGAACCUAUUCCUGGCUCUUCUGUGUGCUUGCUAUUACUUUAUUUUCAUAUUGGUUUUGAGAGUAGGUAGAUCUGACACUCAGCUUCCUAUUUUUGAAGACCUGACCAUGCAUAGCACUUUUUAUAUCAAGGAUAAAGGAACUGCCAGUCCUCCUUGCAAGACCUCUGAAUCAGGAGGUUGAUGAAGGAACUGUGUUUCACUGUUCAGUUGCUGAUCAGGGGGGCAGCAUAUUUUAUUUCUAUUGUUUUGUGGAGCUCACAGAAAAAAUCUGUAGAAUAUUAAUGACAAGUAAAUGUAAAAAAUAUUUCUGGUAUUGAUUGCAGCAGAGUUUUUCUCUGUAAAAUAUGGCCAUGUGUUUACAAGUCUGUAUAAAGCUUCACUAACAGGUUUGAGGAUUCUCUUUUCUAAUGUGAGCUUAAGGCCUUUUAUAUCUGAAAAAUGUUGUGAUAUUUUCCUCUUUGCCUUACACCCUCCAAGCAGCAUGCUCCAAACUCUCCAACCCUCCUUCAGGCAAAAUGUUCCCUCUGAUUAAAAAAAGCAUAAGCCCUAGAGACCACUAACACAUUCUUACAGAAAUAUUCUGUGUAGACACACAAUUUGUGGUGAUUGGGGUGGGGCUGUGGCAGAGCCUCAUCCCCAGUGGGCACAGCUGUGAGCAGCAGGUGAGCAGCACUGACAGCAAUGAGCCAGGGAGUGCCCAGGGGCACUGACCAACCUCCAAAGGGAGCAGAGGGCACACAGGGGCAGGGCAUCAACGUGAGGGGAUAAAAGGCUGGGCUGAGGAACAAGAAGGGCAAUGCUUGCAGCCCCUUCUGGAGUGGAGUGAUGUUACUCUGUAUGAGCAGACACCUGAAGCCUUCUGAUGUGGUUAAGGACAAGCACUGCUUUGGUAUAAGGCUGCCUGGGUACUCAGGUUUCCUCUGGACACAGCAAUCCAAGGCAAAGGCUGGUGUGUGCUCUGGCCAGUGGGAUCUCCAUACCCUAACAAGAAUUGCAUGAGGAAUUCUGAAUGAAGUGUGCUGUGCAUAAUGCCUCCAGGUAUCAAUGGCAGAGGUGUCCUGCCAGCAGCACUGUGGAUCCCAGGGGAUCUGCAGGCACCCACAAGCCCUGUCCACAGCAUGGGAGCAGCACAGCACUGUCUGCAGCAAAGGCCUCUCCUGUGGCCCCCUCCAGCAUUUGUCAGGUUCAGGCAAAUUAUGCCCCCUAUUUCUUUGAUAAUGGAGCCAGAAGCACAAACGGGAACAUGGCACUUCUCAGCCUUUCAGAGGACACGCCUGUUGGUACCCACGUGUACACUCUGAAUGGAACUGACCCAGAAGGAGAUCCUGUCACAUAUGGCCUGACCUAUGAAGCUGGAUCAAGGCGUUACUUUUCUGUUGACAAGAAUCUUGGAAAUGUUACUUUGAUCGAGGAGCUUGACAGAGAGAAGGAAGAUGAGGUUGAAGUUAUUGUCAGUAUUUCAGAUGGCCUGAGUACAGUUUCUGAAAAAGUCAGGAUCCUUGUAAUGGAUGCCAAUGAUGAGAGCCCAGAGUUCAUCAAUACACCUUACAUAGUCCAAGUCCCAGAGAACACUCCCUCCAGCAGCAGUAUCUUUAAGAUUGAGGCAAUAGACAAAGACACGGGUUCUGGAGGAAGUAUCACCUACUUCUUGCAGAACAUCCACACUAAUAAGUUUACAAUAGACCGUCACAGCGGUGUCCUGCGCAUCAAACCAGGGGUCACCCUGGACUACGAGAAAUCAAGAACACAUUUUGUUGUCGUUGUAGCCAAGGAUGGUGGUGGGAAGCUCAGGGGAGACAACAAAGUCUUUUCAGCCACAACAACAGUUACUAUCAACGUGGAGGAUGUUCAGGACACUCCUCCCAUGUUCAUUGGGACUCCCUACUAUGGAUAUGUCUAUGAGGACACGGUCGCAGGCUCUGAGGUCCUUACUGUUGUUGCUCUUGAUGGAGACAGAGGAAAGCCUAACAGUAUUCAUUACUCCAUCGUGAAUGGAAGUGAAGGUUCAUUUGAAAUCAGCAACACCACUGGAGCCAUUUCUGUGAUAAAAAGCCCAAAUCAGCUCAAGAAAGAAGUGUAUGAACUAAAAGUUAAGGCAUCAGAAGUCAGUCAGGAAGGUGACAUCUCUGAGCACACAUUUGCUAUGGUGACCAUACGGGUGGUGGACCUCAACAACCAUCCACCAACGUUCUAUGGAGAAAAUGGUCCCCAGAACAGGUUUGAGCUGACCAUGUACGAGCAUCCCCCAGAGGGUGAGAUCUUACGGGGACUGAAGAUUACAGUCAAUGAUUCAGAUCAGGGAGCCAAUGCUAAAUUCAACCUCCGUCUUGUUGGACCUGGUGGCAUCUUCCGAGUGGUUCCUCAAACUGUCCUGAAUGAGGCUCAGGUUACAAUAAUAGUGGAAAAUUCUGCUGCCAUUGACUAUGAAAGCUUCAAGGUGUUAACCUUCAAGCUUCUUGCAAUAGAGGUGAACACACCGGAGAAAUUCAGCUCGACGGCUGACGUGGUGAUUCGCUUGCUGGACACCAAUGACAAUGUCCCCAAGUUCUCCUCUGACUACUACAUUGCCAGGAUCCCUGAGAACUCCCCAGGGGGCUCCAAUGUAGUUGCUGUUACAGCUACUGAUCCAGAUUCAGGGCUCUGGGGAGAAAUCAAGUACUCUAUCUAUGGAACAGGAGCAGAUCUGUUCCUAAUACACCCAUCAACAGGUAUCAUUUACACCCAGCCCUGGGCUGUGCUAGAUGCUGAAGUGAACUCCAAGUAUAAUUUCUAUGUGAAAGCAGAGGACACAGAUGGGAAAUACAGCUUGGCUGAAGUGUUUAUCACCGUGCUAGAUGUCAAUGACCACUCUCCAGAGUUCAAUGAAAACAUCCAGGAAAAGACGAUGAUCAUUGGGUCACCCGUGAAGAUAGAGGCUAUAGACCAAGAUGCAGAAGAACCCAACAACAUUGUGGAUUAUUCCAUCAUGCAAGCAGACCCAGCCAAUGUGUUUGACAUAGACCAAAGCACUGGGGAGAUCAAGCUGAAAUCCUAUAUCCGAUCUCUGGACAUCAUCCACAACAUCACAAACAAUAAAGACUGCAUAUGGUCAUUGGUGGUCCAGGCCAAAGACCGAGGCUCCCCGUCCUUCAGUACCACAGCAGUUCUGAAGAUUGAUAUCACAGAAGAGACUCUUCACAAAGGGCCUAUGGCCGCCUUUUUGAUGCAAACUAAAGAUAACCCCAUGAAAGCCUUAGGAGUGCUAGCUGGUGUCAUGGGCAUAAUGGUGCUGAUAACUAUCAUGAUCUCUACUGCCAUGUUCUGGCGCAACAAGCGGUCCAACAAAGUCAUGCCGGUGAGAAGGAUCAUAAAAAAGAGACAGGUGCCGCCAUCCCGGACAGUCAGGAUGGAGUGGCUGAAGUUCAAGAGGCCCAGCAACGCUGCAGAGAAGUUUGUCGUUGAGGAGGACGUGAAGAGCCUGCACAAUGAGAACAGCAACAACAACGUCCAGGUUGUCCCCGUGCCGCCGGCGGCCCCCCUGCCCCCGCCACCCCCCGCCCUGGCUCCCCGAGGCGAUGCCCCGGCGUGGCGGGUGCCAACCGUGUCCGGCUCCCUCACUCCCAAGCAUGUAAUCAAGCCACCGAAGAAGAAAGGUCACAGCAGCACCCACAACGCCCUCGUGUCAGAGCUCAAAAUGAGGUUUGAGAAGAGGAAUGCAGCUUUCGGGGAGCCCCACAUCUAGGUGCUCUCAGCAGCCCCCAGAGACUGCAGACUGUGGCUGGGCAUGGAUGUUUUUACUUGCUGUCUGUUCCCUGUGUCUGUCAGCACCCUGUGAACCAGAGCAGCUUCUCGCUGUGAUAGCCACCCCUCACCUUCUGCAAUACCAUUGUGACUGCUGUUCCCUCGGCCAUAUCCCGUGGGCCCUCCCUGCUGUCUGACCACGGUGCUGAGUGUACCAGCCACGGUCUCCCCAGGUGAACAGGGACUCAGGUGGCCCCUGGUUUGGAGGUGUCUACCCAGAGCUUGGGUUUUCAAACAAGAUGCUCUGCAGCCAAGGCCCUGGUGGAUGCUUCUUCUGACCUGGUCUGGCAGGUGGGUUUGAGGUGUCUGAAAAUCCAUCACUUCAAAACCCAGACCCAUUUCUGAAGGUGUUGGCCUGGCUGUGGCAGCAGCACUGAGUCCAGGUGCAGGUCUCCUACAGCAGUGGCACUGCUCUGUCCUGUGCACAAUGUGCUUUGCAACAGCUGGCGGAGCAAUGUGCUCAUGGCCUGAGUCCCUUCAUCCCCAGAAGGUAAGCGGGCAGCCUUGGAGAAGUUCUUCCUUUUCCUGCAGCUUACGCUGGGUUUUGCCAGAGCACAUUGACAUGAUGCUGUGCUUUGCUUCUGCCCUGGACUUGCCUGCUGGGGAGGGAUGGGAGGGCACCUCAGCCUUCCCUGGACCAGCAGGGGCAAGAUUUGAGCAUAGAAGUUCAAUAGCAGCACUCAGCACUGCCUCCUUCUGACACUGUGCCCCAAAAGAGUGGGAGCCCAGCAGGAGAAGGACAUGAAUAAAAACACUGGGAAGACAAGGUAAAACUGAGAGGCAAAUGAAUUAUAAGUGGAAGACAGAGACAAGUGCUGGGAAGUUGCAUAUGUUGGUCAGGGAAGUGUCUGGAAAGAUCAUGUGGUGUUGUACACUGCCAGCAGAAGGUGUCAAGGAAUAUAUUUCAUCACCUCUCCUGGCUUGUUGCAAAAAGAGGUUUCCAUAAAAUAUUCAGGUUUUUCUUAUCAGUAUUUUUGAGUGAAUUAAACAACAUUUAAUGGGACGGGACUGGCAGGGCAGCUGACAGGUUUUUUUUUCCUGUUAUGUGACAGUAGUAAGGCACCAAGAGCAGAGCACUUUUUUCACUGGAUCUACCCCACAGACUCCCCCUCAGGUUUGUUUCUGAGGAGAUGUUUUUCAGCUGGGCCUGGCUGUUUCCCAUCCCCUGAGGAGAAGGCAGCACCAACUGACUGAGCUGGCUGGGGAGCAGCACCCUGCACCCUCUCUCUGAGAGCCAGCCCUGCAGAGAAGCUGUGCUCUCAUGAUACCAGGAACAUCAAGGGGGGAAGCACACUGUGUUAUUUCAAGGGGUUCAUGAGAGUUCUCCAGCUGUCAUUUCAAUUGAACCAGCAGACCUGGCCCUCAGGAUCUCCUCUCACUCCAGGAAGUGAAAUAAUUCCCCUUUUUGCACCAGGACUUCAUCAGUUUAGGAGAUAGCUGGUUGAAUAUGAAAUUAUGCACUUACAAGGAAAAUCUUGUAUUUUGUAACUUCAGUUCAAUCUGCCUAGAAGCCAUAGUGCUCGUGGCUCAUGUCACCCGUGAGCUGAGCCAGCAGCUGUAGCCACGAGGUCCAGGAGAGUCCCAGCUGGGGGCCAUGGCAGGAUCGCUGCUCCCAGAGCCUCUCCUGUCACACCUCUCCUUUUCUCUACUGUUUUCUUGCUUAUCCUUCCUCCUGGGGCACUGUGAUGUGAGGCCAAGUUCUCACCUAUCCAAUCACCUCGUCCUUGUGCCCUGGCCACAAGCUGGCUGAAGAGAGGGGACAUGCAGCCCCUGACCCCACUCCUGCUGCCCUGUGCAAGCACCUGCCUUCUGCUGGCUGAGUGUCUGCAGGUUCUGCAAUGUUCCCCCAAGUUCCUGAUUAUUUCCCAUUCCACUGUCUUCCCAGUGUUGUGUUACUGCCAGUAUUCAGUGUUCAUUCUCUAAUGAGGAAAGCCUAUAAAGACCAUUCAAUUAAGUCAGAUUUAACAGGAAUUACAGGCUUAUAGUCUUAGAGAUUAUAUUUAAGAGGCAAUAAAGAUGUUUUAUUACUAUGUUGUGAGACUCCUUCCCAGUUACUCUGUAUUUCAAUUUCAAAGGGUUUUUUUAAUAAAUAAUUUUUUUUUUUAAAUCUGCAAAACGUGCUUC